AAAAGUUUACCUGUGUGAUUGGAUAGCUGAACAGAAUUUAUGUUAUCCACUUCAAAUCCUAAUAACUGAAAAUAAAAAAAAUUUUCUGUACAUUUUUGUAUUACAGAAAAUAUACACAUAUACAAAAUAAGAUAAUAAACGAACUUGCAAUGGAAAGCAGGCACUUUUGUUCCCCACAUAUCCUGAAACUACAUGGCUUUGAACUGAUAAAACCCUAAAAUUUGAUGUACUGUUCAUUAUUAUUAAAUAAUAAAGUUUAGUAAAAUGGGUAAAAUUGCAAAUGCGUUCGCUUGUCCAGAGGUUAUUUCACGUGUCUUUGCACGGCAAAAGCGAAAAUGAACGUGUCAGAGGUUACCAGUCUGUUUCUAGCUUAUCAGUUCUAGCUUAUCAGUUUGUUCCCGACAAACUUUUCACAAUAUUGUAAAUAUAACAAAGGCCAAAAAGUUGCUCAACGAUUACACUUUUACGGUUUUUAUUUUAGCACUAAUGCCGGGUUAGAGUAAAGGCAUAUGAUUAGUCGUUUUGAGAAUGUCGUUAUUUAAAGCUUGUGACUGGUGGAGUACAACAUGUGGAUCUGAUGAAGUGUUUGACAAAGGAUGUCUUGUUGUGGGCAAUAUUGACAACAGCGUAGAAAAAUCUGACAAACUCAUCACAGGAAGUUACAGUGGUGUUUUACGAAUUUUUAAACCACAACCUGUAAAACAAGAAGAUGGAACUUAUUCAUCAUUCCGUCCAGAUGAUUUGCUUUUAGAAGCUCAACUUUCAUCCCCAAUAAUUUAUCUAGGAAUUGGCAUUUUAGCAUCGUACAGAGAUUUGUAUGCUGAAGUCCGAAUCUAUGAAGCUGUUCAAGGAAGUGUAGAACAUGGAACUGAGUCCCGAUUGUCUCUUAUUUAUGAACAUAAUUUGCAGAGGCAUUCAUUUUGCCUCAUUAUUGGUCGCUUUGGUGGAAUUCAAGGCAAAGAUAUGAUGUGUGUCCAGUCUUUGGAUGGAACAUUAAGUUUUUUUGAACAAGAAAGAUUUUCAUUUAGUAGAUUUCUUCCUAAGAACCUUAUUCCUGGACCAACUUCCUAUCUAUCAAAAACAGAUUCAUUUGUUACUAUUAAUGGAUUCUCUGUAGAAAGCUACAGAUUUCAAGCCUUAGCUAGUGCAAGUGACUCUGGCAGCGAGAAUGAAAAUAUGAAUUUUAAAGGGAAAAAAGUUGCACCUGAAUGGACAUACAUCCUUUGUGAUUCUGCUAUAGAUAUUAUGACAGUUGAAGAUAAGACGUCUCCAACAGUUGUAAUUUUAGGAGAAAGAUUUUUGACUGCCUUAAACUCUCAUGGAUCAUUAAAAUUUUCAAACAAGUUUAAUUUUGCACCUAGAUGUUUCACAUGUUAUAAGGAAGAACAUCAUGGAUUUCUGAUAAUUCUUGUUGUUACAUCAAACCAAACUCUGUUGAUAUAUCAUGAAACUCAACUGAAAUGGGCAUCCCAGUUAAUGUUUCCACCUGUGUCUAUGCAUCGGUCCUGUUUCAUGAAUGUGAAAGGAAUUCUCACCUUGCUUUCAGAACAAGGAUGUUUAGCCUGCUGUUACCUAGGUACAGAGCCAUCAUUAUUUGUGUCUCCAGUAUGUGAGCCUAAAGACAUUGAUUUUAAAGAAGCUGAGCAAGAAAUGAACAAUCUAAAAAAAAUAAUAAAAUCAUCCAAUCAAAAUCUACUUGGCACCCAGAAACUUGGAAAUGAAAUAUCUAUAACGAUAAGUGUUUCACAUCAUUUGAAUCCACCUGAUAAUAUUGAACAUGAAGAUAUGCAGCACAAAUCGUUUGGUCCUGUGCCUUCAUCUUCCAUAAAGAUCCAACUGAAAUGUAGAACUGUUGUUCAUGAUGUACGACUAAUGAUUCAUGUAGAGCCUCCUUUGAAAGUUUCGCAGAAUGUAUUUGUAUUUGGAUCUGUAAUGGAUGGAUCACAAGCUGUUAUUGCUGCUGCUCUGGAUUCACCUUAUCUUCCAACAGACUUGAAAGUUACUGCUCAUGCUGCAUACACAAAUAGUUAUGGUGCUCCAAGAGUUGUAGAAGCAUCAGCAUUGCUUCCAUUCAGUUUGGUUGCCAAAGCAUGCCCUCCUGUUAAAGAAGCAGAGACAAAGAUCACUAUUGAUAUAAACAAAAAGUCUCUUUUGCUGUCUGAAUUAUUUUCUGAUCUAAUUACAAAUGGUGUUUCAUACCAUGGAGGUGCUUUAGGUAUUGAAUAUUAUUCUGGACACAUGGUCUCCAUAAUCCCAUCUAAAACAGCUCAGCGUUAUCGAUUGCAAAGUGAUGUGUUACCUGCCUUGUGGUUAGCUGUAUCAGAACUAAUUCGAAGGCUGCAGCAUAAGUAUAGAAAAGAAGCAGAUAAUGAAAAACUGAAGUGCAGUUUUACCAUGCCUCUUCCUUUACAAGAAUAUUUUAAAGUUAUUGAAGAUCAUUUCAUGAACCGCCAGGUAAUUCAGGAAGUUGAAGAAUUGAUUGCUCAUAGAUCUUUGCAGUUUCGUGUCGUUCAGAAAAGGCUUCUGACUAAAUUGAAAGAUAGCACUCCAACUCCAUUAAACAACUUAGACACUCUUCUGGAAGCAACACAUCGUCAAAUUAUGUCUGUGACAGAAACCAUGGACAGACAUAUAAAGGCAUUAGAAAGCAGUAGUUGUGCUCUUAGCUGUGCAACAAAUUUAAUCUUGUUACUUGUGAAGUUAUCCGUUGAUAUGAGUAAAGAUGAAUGGGCCUUUUUAUGUGCUUGUUUCUCACCAUCAGUUGACUCCGAUUCCAUCCAAGGUUGGGAAGAAAAAGUGAAUGUUUCAUUGAUAUACUUAUUAAAACACUGCUUAGGAACGGGCAGUCAUGAAACUAAAUUCCCAGAUGCCCAACUAGAUCCUAUUAAAGAUAUAUCGAAAUUAAAAAAGCAUAUAAAUCUUGUUUUGGAUAAAAUUUCUAAAAGUAAUCUUCUCUCUUUAAGCAAUUAUCCUGUAUCUGAUUCCAAAAAUACGAAUUCUCUUGAUGUUGAUGAAAUGAAUAUGCCUGAAGGAUGCAGAUAUGUUGACAAUCGGCCCUCUCCUGAACCUGUUCCUCAAUCUUCUGUCACUGAAGGUACAUUGAAUGCUAAUUUUGAAAGCACAGAAUAUGAAACACAAGAAAGAGAAUAUGCCGCUAAAUCGUUUGAUGACUUGGAGGAUGACGAAAUUAUCAUUUGAAAUUGUUCCCUGAAAGUAUACUUUUAGUAAGCUCAGAAUAUCAGAGGCAAGAAAAUAAAAUGUUUGCUAAGCAUUUUGAUGAAUAAAAGGCUAAAAAAACACUGAAAAUUCUAGUCAAAAUUCGCAUAAGUGCUUUAGUAAACAUCUUAGUUUGUGUCUGUUUAUUAUUAGCCCAAAGGAGCGUUAGCUUAGAAGGUCUAAUUAGUCUCAAAACGGGAUUAUGCGUUGAAUCACUAUAAGUGGCUAAAUCACUUUUCAGAUUGUUGCCACCAAAUAUUAUCACUGUG